AUGGAUGAAUUAGAACUGAAAACAAAAGAAAAAUCAAAUUUAGAAAUUCAAAAUCCACCUAUUCAAUCAAAAAACAAUGAUGUUGCAGAAAUUUACUUGAAUCAAGGAAUGAUUUAUGAACAAGAUAAUAAAUUUGAAAUAUCAAAAGAUUUAUAUUCAAAAGGUAUUGCAUAUGCUGAACCAGGAUCAUCAAUGCUUGGUGAACUUUAUUUUAAACGAAGUAAAAUAUAUUAUUCUCAUCAAUUAUUGCGUGAUUGUCUUGUUGAUUCAGAACGAGCAUUAAAUAAUUUGUUACCUGAUAAUGAAUUUAAAAAUGACUUGAAUAUUCAAAUGGCUGGUUGUCAUCAAGGAUUAGCUAAAUGGUAUUUGAAAUGUUCCUCUACACAUCUUGGUCAUCUAACUACAGAAGAAUAUCAAAUUCUUUCAGAUAAAUUACAUGUAAAUAAUGAUUUUAUUGACGAUUCAGUUAACAUGUACAAGUGGGUUUCUCGACCACUACCACCUGUGGUCGCUGCAGUACAUGAUAUUUUUCCAGAAUUUACUGAUGCUCUCAAAGUUGAAUUUACCAAAGAAUUAGGUACACAUGUUAUUGCAACAAGAAACAUUGAACCUGGUGAAAUACUUUGUGUUCGAAAAGCUUAUGCAAUAACAGUCAAUCGAGGAUUGAGAUAUAAUCUUUGUUCAUAUUGUAAAAUACAAACUUGGUCAAGUGUACCAUGUGAAAAAUGUGUUCAAGCUGUUUAUUGUUCAGUUACAUGUCGUGAAUAUGCUUACAAUGAAUACCAUGAUAUGGAAUGUAAAAUUAUUCCAAAAUUACUUUCAUAUGGAAUACAAGAUAAAUUUUUAGUUGCAUUGAGGAUAACAAUAAUUGCCAUGAAAGAAAUUAAUAAUUCAGUAGAUGCUAUGAGAUAUAAAAUUUCAACUUAUGAUAAAUUUGUAACACCUUCACCAAUUUUUGAAAAAUUAGUUAUUGAUGCAUUGACAAAAUUGAGUUAUGACAGUAUUUACAUAACAGCAUCAAAAUAUUCACCACAUUUAAUGACUCAUGAAUCUCAAUCAGUUGCAUCUUGUGUUAUAAUGGCAUAUUUUUAUGGUGUAGAAAUUAAAAUAUUCAAGAACAAAGAUAAAAUGAAUUUAAUAGCAAAUUUCAAUGGUUUAAAUAUGUCAAUGCCAUUAAUUAAUCGUAGAUCUAUAAAAGUAUCAAAUGCAAUUAAUGGCUAUUCCAAUUUAUUUCACCACUCGUGUAGGAAAAUGAUUGCUCAUAGUCUUCAUCAUAAUUCAAUAAGUAUUCGAUCAAUUUGCUCGAUUAAAAAAGGAGAGCAAGUUUUUGAUAAUUAUGGUAUAUCCUUUGAUGAUUAUGACAAAGAAACACGUCAAGAAUUAUUGAAAAAUUUAAAUUACAUAUGUAAAUGUAAAGUUUGUGUUGAUGAUGUUAAACUUGUACCUAUUAAAAAAGGCACAAUACCAGAAGAGAACCUGAAAUGUAAACGUAGUGAAAUUGAAACUCUUAAAGAACUGAUGAAGAAUCUAGAGCUUUAUACGGGUAGACAAUAUAUUGUAAACGAUCAUUUGCCUUGGCCUCAUUACGUACCAGAAUAUAAAACAAUGUCAGAAUUUAUUAUAGAACUUGAAAAGUACUUAAGUUAUAAUACAAAAGAAUUGAAUGAGUGUAUUAAACUAUAUCAUGAAGUUAUUGCUGUGGAACAGGUUCCAUAUGUGACUCUUCAAGAUGUCAGUGAGAUAGAUAAAAAAUUGUAA